GGACUCUCCCGUGGUCAUGCUCUCCCAACACUGGAAAACCCUUCAAAGGCUUAGUCAAUCUGGGAGGAACUCAAGCAAAUAACGUGCAAAUUGUGAUGGACAUCCCUGCGUGUGCUGCCCACGGGAGAGGACACGACAGAAAGGCCCAGACCCAGCCGCCAUCAUGUCGAGCAAGCGUGCAAAGGGAAAGACCACCAAGAAGCGUCCUCAGAGGGCCACCUCCAACGUCUUUGCCAUGUUCGACCAGUCUCAGAUCCAGGAGUUCAAAGAGGCCUUCAACAUGAUCGACCAGAACAGAGACGGUUUCAUCGACAAGGAGGAUCUGCACGACAUGCUGGCCUCUCUGGGUAAGAACCCCUCUGAUGAAUACCUGGAGGGGAUGAUGAGCGAAGCACCAGGGCCCAUCAACUUCACCAUGUUCCUCACCAUGUUUGGAGAGAGGCUCAAUGGAACGGACCCCGAGGACGUCAUCCGCAAUGCCUUUGCCUGUUUCGAUGAGGAGGGAUCUGGUGUGAUCCACGAGGACCAUCUGAGAGAGCUGCUGACCACCAUGGGUGACCGCUUCACAGACGAAGAGGUGGACGAGCUGUUCCGCGAGGCGCCCAUUGACAAGAAGGGCAACUUCAACUACGCAGAGUUCACCCGCAUUCUCAAACACGGUGCCAAAGAGAAGGAUGACGAGUAGACAGAGACAUCAGCUGCCUCAGGGCCCCCCGAACAUACACUGAACCACAAAUCAAUCCCUAGCUCCUACCUUCAUGGACCUUGUAGGUUUUAGAGAAAAGAAAUAGGAAUAGUAUAUAAAGUCUUUUAUAUAGGAGCAGAAGUGGCUAUGGUGUUACAGUUAUUUAGAUAUAAACAUGUUUUUGAUAGGUAGGGGCUUGGGAUUCAUUUGGGAUCCACGGAAACAUUUUGCAAUACACUACUUUUCAACUUAUAUCAUCAUUGAAGGUUACCAUGAAGAGAAGUGUAUGUGCAUCUCAGAGCUUCAUGUCACUUUGACUGCUGGGUGGAUGUUUGAGAUGCAUCAAACAUCAUGUACGUGUGUGCGGGGGUGUUUUUGGACUGUGCGAUCCGGUGCCACAUACAGUACCAGCAAUGUUUACCUCUUCCUGCCAAUUAGCUACAGUACCACACCUGCACAAGCACUGCAACAGGUCUCCAUAUCUGUAAUGUUUGUAUCCCUGUAUAUUAACAAUGGAUUUUAAAGAAGCGACCAUUCUGAUUUUGUUUAUUAAAAGUGGUGAGUACUUGAUGAAAUGGUUUGUUGUAGAGCUUUCAGUCUAAAGUCUUUGACCCAUCAGCUGGCUGUGUGUAUUUGUUGAAGGAUCAAGUAUGUUUGUGUUGUUGAAGGAAUUCAGUCUUGAAUUGUUCCUCAGACAAAUAAAGUAAGUUCAUUCGUGCCGCUGACCACAAAAAAAGUGUAUAUGUAUGUUUGGGGUGUUUUGAAGUCCUGUUUUCUACUUACGUCACAUGCUUACAUCAUAACCAGCGUAAAUGUUUUCCUACAAAGCAGUACACUGUACUUUACACUAGCACCAUUUUUCAAAGGACUCUGCAGCUUGAGCUUUAAACAAGAGCAUGAAUGCACUAACCUGAAUAUAUUUUUUUUCAAUGUAAAUGAAUGUAACUAAGUGUUCACUACUGCAAGCAGCUAUAAACUGAAGACUAAACUCAGUCAUCAAUUCACAAAAAAAUAAAAACAAUAACUCAAAGUAAUGUGAAUAAUUUGUAGUUAGUUGGCUAAAACAUGCAAUAACAUUAGUACAGUCCUUUACUAAGGCUUUGUCAUUGGCACUGUUGGCUGCACCAACCACCAAGAUGGACCAUCUCCACUGUCUGGCCAAAGCGUGCUCGACUGACUCAAGUCGGGUUGCAGUGAGGUCAGAUGGGCUUUGUCAACAAUGUUCAUAACACUAAUAAAGAAGCCGUCAAAAGAGUGAUGUAUAUUUUAUGUCAGCUCAGUCCUCCGAAGAAAAUGUUGGCAUUGUACAUUUCUGCAAACCAUAAAUGUGUUACAUUUGUAUGUUUCA